AUGAAAUUCAUCUCCGCGAUCGCUCUGCUGACUGCUACGGCCGUGGCCAACCCCGUCGCCAGAUCAGCCGACAAGGAAUUCCACCUAAAGACCACCGGCUCCAAGACCGCUGAUCACAAUGAUCUGUUUCUCACCACCUACCACACCGGCGCCGGUCUGAAUGAUGCUGUCCUCGAGAGCAAGGCUGAUGCCGCAACCGCCUUCUACUUGAACGGCACCACUGCCCUCGCCGACCUAGGUACCUCAUAUCCCUGGGGUUUCGAAAUUGGCGGUGACACAAAUUAUGCCGACUGGGAGGCUGUUGAAAUCAAUGCCGGCGGUGGUGCCGAUGGCUUCUCCAUUACGGAUAAUAAGUUCGUCUGGUCUGAAGCCGAAGGAUUUGGUGGAUGGCUCGUCUGCCAGUGGUACCACAAUGCUCCUCAGCUGUUCUGGCUGGACAAGUAUUACACGGCCACUAUACCUUGCAGCUGUAGCGAGGUUGAACUGGAGCCCAUCUACCUGUAG